ACCUUCACAUAGAUCGAAGCUCUCAACAACAUCACAAGCCCUUAAAUAGACCAAAGAUUAGAGUCCGGAUCUCCAUUCUCAUCUAACUCUCUUCAUUACUAUUCAAAUUACUUAAGCUUCCAAUUGCAAUCAGAGAAUAGAGGUUGAUUGAAGAUGUCGGGUCGUGGAAAGGGAGGAAAAGGAUUAGGAAAGGGGGGAGCAAAACGACACCGUAAAGUCCUUAGAGAUAACAUUCAAGGUAUCACUAAGCCUGCUAUUAGGCGAUUGGCACGUAGAGGAGGAGUGAAGCGUAUAAGUGGACUUAUAUAUGAGGAGACACGUGGCGUGCUGAAGAUAUUCUUGGAGAAUGUGAUACGUGAUGCUGUUACCUACACUGAGCAUGCUAGGAGGAAGACUGUUACUGCUAUGGAUGUUGUUUAUGCACUUAAGAGGCAAGGAAGGACUUUGUAUGGGUUUGGUGGUUAAAAGAAUGGGAAUAGUUAAAGAAUGUGGGUUUUUAAUUUAGUGUUUGUUUUUGUUUGGUGUAAUGUAAAGUAUGUUAGUGUUUAAUUAAUGAAAUUGCACUACCUUUUUAUAA